UUGUUGAACUCGUCGAUCGUGUGAAAGGUGACGGGUCACGGAAAGGUCGUGUUUUGAUUUCCUGAACGAAAUUAUGGCCGCACUCAGCGCUAGUUGGAUAAGGUAUAGGCAUUUGCCUCGACUCACGUCUCAGUUUUGUCGUGUCCUGAGAAAUGCCGGUCCCCAGCUAUCCACCACGUCGAUGCGGAGAGUACACCGGAGUCCACGGUCGUGGGUCGUGGAGAAGGGCGCGUGGGGAAAGGCUCGUAUGCCAGAGACUCACCACCAAUUUACAGAACUGGACAAGGCGGAUGCUCUGAUGCUUCGGAAAUCCCACGAAACAGGGUUCCUGUCCUGGUUCCGGAACGGUCUGUUGGCCACAGGCAUCGGUGUCAUUGCGUUUGUGCAGAGUGACGUGGGAAGAGAGGCUGCCUAUGCCUUCUUCAUCCUGGGCGGCGUGUGUGUGUCGUUCGGCGGGGCCUCGUACGUGGGCAGCCUGCUGACGCUGCGGCGCUUCAUGCUGCUGUCGCUGCCGGCGGCGCUGCUGCAGACGGCCGUGGUGACCAGCGCCGCCCUCUUCUGGCUCUGCGCCGUCUCGCUCUACGUGGGCCGCCUGGAGGUGGAGAUCAUCCACGACGACGACGACGAGGACGACGACAUGGACGACUUUUCUGAGAGAAAGGGAUUUCAAAAAUUGAUAAUAUUAAAAACCCAUGUCCAUCUCUGCUUAGCUACAUGUGCUAAGGGUAGCGAGCUGAUCAGCUUCAUGUGCUAAAGCUAACAAGCUGAUCAGCUACAUGUGCUAAAGCUAACAAGCUGGUCAGCUACAUGUGCUAAAGCUAACAAGCUGGUCAGCUACUUGUGCUAAAGCUAACGAGCUGGUCAGCUACCUGUGCUAAAGCUAACGAGCUGAUCAGCUACAUGUGCUAAAGCUAACAAGCUGGUCAGCUACCUGUGCUAAAGCUAAGGAGCUGAUCAGCUACAUGUGCUAAAGCUAACAAGCUGCAUGAAUGUUAGCGCGGCUCCAGCGCUCCGCCCUAAGCACUUAACGAGACCCACAGCAUGGCACUCAACGAGACACACAGCAUGGCACUCUAUGAGAUGCACAUUUCCCACCAAAGGCCCAGCAUGGCACUCUAUGAGAUGCACAUUUCCCACCAAGGGCUCUCCGUAUGCAUUGACAAUGACAGUCCACGUAUAUACACGCGUCAACGAUGACAAUAACAGUGGUGUUUCUAUGGAUAGGCGUGCGUGCGUGUGUGUGUAAAAUAUCAAUGUAAUCCGACUGUGAGUGACUGCCUGCAGUGUAUAUUUUUCCAGCUGUAUGUUUUCAUGUGUGGAGAUGAGAAUGAUGAAUAGCCAAUCAGGUAUGGAGUUGUGUGGCUGAGUGGCCAAUCAUGAGAGGUGUCCUGGACAUGUAGCUAAUCACAGUUAUGUGUGUGCUAAUUGUCAGAUAAUGUGUGAAUAGUUGUUCACACACACACACACACACACAAACACACAUACACUAAUUGUGUGUAGUCAUGUGUGUGAAUUGUCAGGUGAUUUGUGGAUAGCCGUAUAGCAGUUUAACAUGAUGGCAGAAGUGCUGUAGUUUCUUCUUUACCUUCUCAGGUAAUCUACCUGCCAGUUGACAACAGAUCUAAAAACAACCAUUUAAGUACUUGAAAUAUAGAUUUAUUUUGUUUGUGAGAGUUUGGAUUAUUAUUAUAUUUGAUUUGCAUUCUGAAAGUUGUCAUUUCUUAAAAAAAAAACAUUGAAAAGAAGCUCUUUGAAGAAGGGUUAUUUUUUACAAAAAAAAAAAGAAAAAGAAAAAGGAUAAAAACGUCCAGAUGAAUAUUAGUGGUGACUCUUAGUGAGCUGGAGGGGCGUGGCUGCCACCCUGGAGGCCUGCUACCUCUGGCCCAGACCAGGGCCACAUCAGGGCCACAUCUGGGCCGGAUCUGAACCGGCUCGAGGUCCGAUCAAGAUCCAACAGUCAGCCAUUCUUUGGUUUGAAGCUUAUGUCCUCCUGAUGCUCUUCGAUCUGAUGAGACGACGUGGACACCUAGAGCUGUAGAGGUCGUGUUUAUAUGCACACUGAAUCUCCAGAGUAGUGUGUGCAGGGACAGUAGAAUCAUUUAACAAACCUUACAGUUUACCUGUGUUUACUUUACCUUGACUCAACGCAUGCUGCACUUCUAGUUAUUUCACGACGAGUAAAUGUGCCUGUCAUUCUGUGCCAUCUGUAGAGAAAGUUGGCACUCAGAUAGACAUUAGUUGGCUAGCUGUUAUUCAGACUGAUCACUUGUUUGCUCUGAGUAGUGCCAUCCUUAGGUAAGACAUGGUGGUGAUGCAUGUAGCCAACAGCAGCAAGGCAUUGUGGGUCAGAUCUGCUGUGUAUGUGGAUACACCAUGCAAGUCCAUUGGCUGUGUGCUGGCACUAGUGAAUAGGCAGUUCAAUAGUGAAGCAAUGUUUGUGUGACUCUGUGUCUCUGUGUGUCAGAAUCAAAAGUGUGUCUUGGGGUUUUGUUAUAUAUUCACUGUAGCCUUUUUUGUUGUUGUUUGUUAUGUUUAUUUUCUGUCUUUUUUUUUCUUUCUUCUUGAGCUUUCAUGAUCAGAAUGAUGAUUAAUCUUGUGCAUCUGUGAAAAGAGUCUCCUGUUAUUUGUAGUUGUGUUCAAUGUGAAAUAUUGCCAUAAACACAGCUGAACUUGA